AUGUGCUGCCCGAGGUGGGGAACGAUCCUCCUGCGGGCGUUCCGCAUCCUGUCCCUGGGCGUCCAGCGAUCGCCUCCGCUGCUCCUCGGCGUCAAUUCCAUGCUAGUUUCCAUUGUUGGAAUGGCACUGUACACGGGCUAUGUGUUCAUGCCUCAGCACAUCAUGGCAAUAUUGCACUACUUUGAAAUUGUGCAGUGA